AUGCAGGCUCCGCACAACGAGAUCAGCGGUUAUAACGUGGACGCGAACCCCCUUGUCGAGGGGGCCAUAGCAGAGCCUCUCGAUCCAAUGUUCAUGGCCGAGCACCCUGCACAUCACAGAUACCCUGUUUGGUGGAACGGUGACUUCGCGACAAUGAACAACAAUUUGGAAGCGAUGGUGGACGGAGGAGUUCACGACCUCAAGCCUUACGUGCAUCCAGAUUGUGGCGGCGACGGCUGGUUCACCACGGUUGUCGAGCUCCUGCGCCAGACUCAAAUGUGCACAUUUGGCACAAUUCUGCGCUUCCACGGAGGGCCCCACCAGCCGUGGAUCUACGGAGACUGGUGGGAGGACAACAUCCGUAAGUACAUUAAGUGGCGCUACAUGUUCAUGCCCAUGAUCAUCGCUGGCGGCCAGCGGGCUACCCAGACAGGCUUCCCAUUUGUGGCACGGUGCGACCUGUAUUGGCCAGAGCACUGGGAGUCCAGCCAAUCUAACCACCAGUUCAUUUUCCUUGACGACAUCCUUGUUGCGCCCAUUUUUGAUUCCAGUGACAACUAUACCGAGAGGGAUGUUUGGAUUCCGCCAGGUGCUUGGCAGGAUGCCUGGACUGGCGAUGUGCAAUAUGGGCCAGCGGACUUGCAUGUUGGACAGCCGCAGGACCGCAUGCCUAUGUGGAUCAGGAUGGAUGGUGGCAUGCUUAUCUGGACUGACAAUCCAGGUCUCACCGUCGCGGACGGAGAUUGGUCAACCCUGGUUGUCGAGGUUUGGCCGUGCCCACGGGCUCAGGAGACGACGCGCACCAUUUAUGAGCGCAGCACCGAAGAGUAUCCGCCGAGCCAGGACGUCACAUUGUCUACAGAUGGUUCUGGCACAGCAACUAUCGAGAUGACCAAGUCCGAUGAAAAGCGUGCCUGGGUGGUUCGUGUGAACUUGCUCGUUGGCCAGACGGUUGCCAGCGCGAGCGUUGACGGAGAGCCGGUAAAAACUCAGACGUACGAGCCCGGGGAAAAUGACGAUGGCACCUUGUGGCAAGGAUAUUGGCCGUUCGGAGGCGAGGGAAGUCUCCCUGCGGCGCAUGCUGGGAACGUGGUAGAGCUGAAGGUGCCAGCAGGCACCAGCGCACGCAAAGUGGAGGUUGUCAUCGGCGAGGGUAAGAAGGAGAGCGAGAAGCCUAAGGCCAAGGCCACGUCGGCACCCAAGCAUGGAAAGAAGUCGAAGAUGGAGACGAAGCGGGCCGCAGAUCAGACGUCCGAGACUCCGCCAGUCAUCGGGGCCUCGCAGCUUUCGGUGAAGGCCGCACAGGGGCUGUCCCAGGGCACGGCGGCAACCGCAGCAGCCGGCAUCGGCGGUUGCCUGCUUGCCGUGCUUGCGCUCGCCGGCGUCGCUGCGCGCGUGGUGCGCCUGCGCGUCCUGGACGGGCGGGUGCAGGUGCCCACGCAGUCGCCAGAGACAGCCGUGCCGCUGGUGGAGCAGGGCCGCGCCGAGGAGGCGUGA